CGGGGUGGAAGACUGAGGCGGGCAUCGACCCGUCUCCCGGUGAAGAGCGAUCGAGCCUCGACAAUGUUCCAGCCUCGGCCGCUGGACGCAGAACGAGUGAUGGACGCUGAGCGAGCGGACGGAGGAGGCCGCCCCCCCCGAGGUGGAGGAUGAGUUUGCGUGUGCCGGGAUGCUGCGGGGGUCUCUCACCUCGCUGCACCGCACCGUGGAGAGGAUCUUCACCGUGGCGUUCGGCAUCGGUGAAGACGACUUGCCCCACGGCAACAACGGGCAGAUCUGGCUCAAACUCCGAGGGCCGAGUCACAACGUGAAAGCUGCCAAAUUAUUCGUGAGAGGAGUCGUGAACCAGGAGGAGCAGCAGGAGGUGUCCUACCCCGGGGUCCUUCACUGCGUCUUCUGUGGAGCCAGAGGACUGUUCAUGGGCUGCCUGAUCAAAAGCACCUCCGCACACAUUCUGUGCAGAUGAACGUGGCUUGCAGCAAAACCUCUGUUCCACUAAAGAGCUGGAGAUUCCAUCUGGGAAAAGACUGAACGUGAGAUUUCCAUCAACCAUCACACGUGUCCUCUACAGUUGAUUCAUCUGUUGAGAAUAAAGUUGGGAAUAAAGCCCCAUGAGACGAAUUGUUAUUUGUGAAUGUGGGCUAUACAAAUAAAACUUGAUUGAUUGAUUGAU